AUGUCGCUUCCCUCCAACGUCCACAUCUCCACCCACCCCUGUCUCCAAGCCAAGAUCUCGCAGCUGCGGUCUCAGAGCACGACCCCGCGCGAGACCCGCGCCCUCGUCGAGGAAAUUUCUUCCAUUCUUGGGGUCGAGGCAUUUGCGCAGGGACUGGCCCUGACGAAGACGGGGACGGACCGCACACCGCUGGGCAUCGAGUAUGAGACGACAACGAUCGAUCCAGUAGAUCUGGCUCUCGUUCCUAUUUUGCGAUCUGGACUCGGCAUGGUUGAUGCAAUCAACGCCCUUCUCCCCACCGCCGUCCCCAUCUACCACCUCGGCCUCUUCCGCGAACCCGUCGGCCUCCAGCCCGUCGAAUACUACAACAACCUCCCCUUCUCCAAAUCCGCCCUCUCCCCAGCCUCCCCGGCCGCCGCCUUCGACCUCGGUCCCACCGCCAACACACCGCCGCCGCCCACCCUCCGGGACUGGGGCGUCCAGCGCGUGAUCAUGAUCAGUCUGCUGGGCAGUCGCGACGGCGUGCGCAAGGUGGCCGAGAGCUGGGACCAGGUCCAGGUGUGGGUGGGGGCGGUCGAUGAUCGCGUGAACGAGAAGGGAAUGAUCGUCCCCGGCUUGGGCGAUAUUGGAGAUCGCUUGUUUGUGGCUUUGGGCAAAUGA